GUUGAUUCGGAAUGCAGUGAGAUCAGACAUCCCUGGGUCAUGCAAUCGUGGCUUCUGUAUAUCAUCUAUGGGGUAUACGCAACUGAAGCGGGUCAAUUUCAAACCGUGAAAAAGAUGCUGCGGCAACUUGUUGAUGCUGUACAUGAAAUUGGUCUGUUCCAACAGGGUAUAGCUAUGCCGGAUGCCCAGUCUUGGAUGUACCAAAUUGACUUCAACACACCCGGAGAUGAUUCGCAGACUCUCUAUACGCGGUGGACAUCCUAUAUUACCACCGAGUCGAUGAGACUGUCACUGUAUACUCUAGUUUUCCUGGAUUCCCACACAUUUUCGCCUUGCAAUUCACGCCCUUUGAUGUCACCGAUGGAACUUGGUUGGGAACUUCCCUUCCCUAUCAAUCUGUGGGAAGCUAAAAACUCUCAGAUAUGGCUUCUGAGAUUCAAUGAGAACUUUGGACUUUCGACUUUUACAACAGCAAACACUCUGUUGCACGGACCACGAGGCCUAGGGACGGCCUCGCUGACAAUUGCUACUCAGCAACUCAUGACCGAAACACCGGACUCGGAACUUUUAGCAGCGCUAGAAGCGUCCCCCUUUGCCACAUUUUGCGUCCUGACGAACAUGGGUGCCCUUGUGCGAGACUUUACGCGGUGUUACUAUCAAAUGCCGCCCAGUCCAUCUGAUCCAAACCCAUUCCAUAUAUUGACCCAGGCUCAGAAUAAACAAGUCCAUACGGCAAUAAGAGCAAUUACGAAGAUUGUCAAGAAGCAGGCCUACACAGGUGAAAGCCCCCAGUUUCUUCUAUGGAGAACGAACGAGCUCUUUAUCUCUUCACUCAGAAUCAGCCUAUGCCGUCCCGACCAGCUAUUGAUAGCAGGCAUUGUGGAUAACAGCUUAAUUGCUGGAAUGGCUGCUUCCACACACCUGACCCAGGGGAACCUUGUUGCGAUCCGGCGAUCAGCACCUCCUGUUCCUUACCAUGUCGGUGGCGACGAGGGAAUUUUGGCUCUUUUGAAUGAUCUUUCAGGCGCAUUGUCCAGCAUUUCCGGGGAGGAGCAGGAUAAAGUGGUCCGCGAGGCACCAUGGGUCACUGUGGCCAGUUAUGGUGUUUUGUUAUGUAUCUGGGGAGCGCUCAGACGUGCGAGCACCGAUAUCCGUCACCACUUGAACACUUUCAACGAGCUCCCAAGAACGUCAGAAUUCUGCAUGUUGAUCUUUAACACCCUGAUGGAGUCCGCUCUUUCGAAUUCCACAGAGAAUGAUCGAGUGCGAGACCCUCGGUUGUGGACCAUGGAUCGAGGGGCUUUCCUUAGUCUGCUCGAUGAAGGCGAGUCACUAUUUGUCAAUCUCAUCAGGGCCUUUUGCCAGCGAAGGUCAUUGUGGGGGAUCGGGCCUUCGAUGCUGGCUGUAUUGGGCGAAAUUCCGGGAACUGGGGCCGAGUAA